AAACAGCUGCUACCUUUUCGUCGAUUCUACUCUACCCGGUCCUCGCUUCCCCGUUCUGUCCUCGCGGUCGCGCAGGCGUACCAAACAGCUAGGGCCGGGGGCCGCAGCCGCGCACACAGCAAGCAAUGGCGGACGCCGCCGAGAUGGUGCGCCUCCUCUAUCUCCGGACCCCGCCGCGGCCGUUGCUCCCGCAGUUCGCUGUACAUACACAUCGGCCACAAAGUCUGCUCAGAGUUUCCCCCCGCUUCCGCCCUCCCAUCCGUCUUCGGUGCCGCGCGCUCGACGCCAGUAGACCGGUUGCGGUGGAGGGGGAGCGGGAUGAGGAGGACGGUCUCGAGGACGAGGAGGAGUCCUACUUCUCGGUCACCUCGUCGGGGCUCUCGGAGGUGGACUACCUAGGGGAAAGCACCAGGGGGGAUUUGAACGUGAGGAGGGAGCGCCUCGAGGCGCUUGGGAACAGCAAGUCAACUUUGCAUGGUCCUAUUGAGGAGAUAGCUUGGAAAGAAGCGGGAGAAGCUGAAACAUUGCUUCAUGACUUGGGAAUUGCAGACCCGUUUUCAGUAAGACACUCUCCUCGUGGAAUUUUCUGCACCAGGACACUAAAUCUUCGAUCUAUCAGUGUAGUUGGCUACGAUAUGGACUAUACAUUAAUUCAUUACAAUGUGAUGGCCUGGGAAGGACGUGCAUAUGACUAUGGGAUGGACAACCUCAAGAGCAUGGGUUUUCCAGUAGAUGACCUUAAAUUUGACCCUGACCUGGUCAUAAGAGGUCUUGUUAUUGAUAAAGAGAAGGGAAACUUGGUUAAAGCUGAUCGAUUUGGGUACAUUAAGAGGGCCAUGCAUGGUACCCAAAUGCUUUCCACUCGUGCUGUGAGUGAAAUAUAUGGAAGAGAAUUGGUGGACCUGCGGAAAGAAAUUCGAUGGGAGUUCCUUAAUACCCUUUUCUCUGUUUCAGAAGCUGUCAUGUUCAUGCAGGACCUUCGCACAGGGGAAGUGAUUGGGACUGGCCGUCGCCGUAGAGCAGCUCCUCGCCUCUACAUCUUGGACUCCUUGCGGCUUUCUUCCUUGGCUACAUCUCCAGCACAUGUCCUUUCAGCUACCCUUGCUUCUAUUGCGUCUUUUACCCAGUGGCAUCAUCGUCUAGGUCAUUUGUGUGGCUCUAGAUUGUCUACUCUAAUAAAGUCAGGUUGCUUAGGUCAUACUUCGGUUGAGUCUAAUUUUCAUUGUAAGGGUUGUCAUCUUGGAAAACAAAUACAACUUCCAUAUUUUACUAGUGAUUCUCAUUCUGUUGAACCCUUUGAUUUGGUUCACUCUGAUAUUUGGGGUCCUGCACCUUUUGUGUCAAAAGGUGGAUAUAAAUACUAUGUCAUUUUUAUUGAUGAUCAUUCUCGCUACACUUGGAUUUAUUUCAUGAAACGCCGCUCUGAGCUGAUUUCUAUUUAUAAAACCUUUGCUCGCAUGAUUCACACUCAAUUUUCCACUCAUAUUAAAACCUUUCGUUCUGAUUCUGGUGGUGAAUAUUUAUCUGAUAAUUUUCGCCAGUUUUUGACUUCAGAGGGCACUCUUGCUCAGCUUUCUUGCUCUGGUGCUCAUGCACAGAACGGUGUGGCUGAACGCAAACACCGUCACAUUAUAGAAACUGCUCGCACUUUGUUGAUAUCUUCUUUUGUUCCUUCACAUUUUUGGGGUGAAGCAGUUUCUACUGCGGUUUACCUAAUCAAUAGACAACCGUCAUCCAAACUCUCUGGCAAAACACCUGGUGAAGUCCUUUUCGGAACUCCUCCACGAUAUGACCACCUUCGAGUUUUUGGAUGUACGUGUUAUGUUCUAUUAUCCCCUCGUGAACGUACUAAAUUGACUGCUCAAUCUGUUGAGUGUGUUUUUCUUGGAUACAGCCCUGAACAUAAAGGCUAUCGGUGUUAUGAUUCAUCUUCUCGUCGCAUGCGUAUUUCUCGAGAUGUGAGCUUUAAUGAAAACCGACCCUUCUUUUACAACUCUUCCACUCAUUCUUCUUUUCAUUCCACAGAGUCUACCGCCUUCAUGAGCCUUCCUCCCAUUUCUGAAACUUCAUCAGUAUUACCACCUACUGUUUCUACACCAGAUGCUCUUAUUCCCAUCGCACCACCUUCCACUUCCACACCAUCUCAGUCUUACUCUUCCAAACCACCUGUUACUCAGACUUACAUUCGCCGUCCUCGCUCCAAUCCCACGGCCAGUCCUGAUGAUGAUCCUGUUGCUGAGCCUUGUACUAACAAUGAUGACUCUCAUGUUGUUUUUAAUCAGGGGUAUCAUCUUCGUGACCGUGACACUAUUGCAGCUCCAGACCGUUAUGGGUUUUCCUGUGCCGGUGCAGUCAUUGCUGAACCAUCAUCUUAUAAAGAGGCUUCUGGUAUACCUGAGUGGCAGCUAUGACUGAUGAAUUAAAUGCCCUUCAUCGCACAUGUACAUGGGAUGUUGUUCCGUUACCUGCUGGUGUUGUACCUAUCACGUGCAAAUGGGUCUUCAAAGUUAA